AUGCAAGCCCCGACAGAUAUAAUAUAUAAAUCGUUAUACAUUUUAUAUAUCUUGUUAGAGUUGACAGAUACGUGGAAGAAGGUGCACAUUUUCGAGUUGAUAUUACCAUAUUUAUUAAAUUUGUAAGUUUUUGCUACAACGUGGAAAUUAUUAAUCAAGGUAAGCUUACAAGAUGGAAAAUCUGGACAGUAACAGUACAAUGUGCUGCUCAACCCACUCGGAUAAAGUUGCAAAAGCAGCGUGCAUAAGCACAAAAGAACUUCUUUGUUUUGAAUGCCUUUUGGAAAAAGCAAAGGCCUCAGUACCUGUAAAGGAACUUGAAGAAAUGUCCGAGGGAGUUGAAAAGCUCAUACUUGAUUGUUUAAAAGAGAAGCAAAGAGCUCAAAGAAAGAACAACUAUAUUGACGAAUACAAAAAGAAAACAGAAGAUGCCAAAGAAAAAUUAAGUAAAGAAAUUCAUUGUUUCUAUGAACAACUUACAGAAAAGAUCGUUAAAAUGAAAGAUAACACACUUCUUUCUUUGGAAGCUAAAAACACUUUGCUUCUUGAAAUGUGUAAUAAAGAUGAAGAGAAACUCAAAACUGCAACACGUAUGAUUAACACACAUCUCGAUAAGUUAUCAGAAGCAAAAGGAACAGAUUUUGACAAAUUCAAAGCAGAAGUGGAAAAGAUCAUGAAUAAACUAGAUGACAUUGUUGACCAUGAAUCCUGUCCUGAAGCAGUUUUUCAUGCUUCAAAACAAUUGAAUGAAGUGAUACACAUGUCCGAAAGCAUGAUUGGAGAGGUCAUUUUCUUUGCAUCUGAUCAUUACGAAGCGCUUGGGCCAACAAUAACGGAAAGUAAAGAAAACCCUGAGGGAACAAUUUUGGAGGACCCUACGUCAGUCGUCCAACCUAAACUUGGUUCGGAUGAAGUCAUUGAAGAAAUAAAACCAAUAGUUAUUCCACGUGAGAGAAUUCCAAGUAAAGAGCCAGAUUCGCCUGAAUCAAUUCAAGUACCUGAAGAAAAUGGCAAAUCGAAAGGGAAACAAAAAAAUCCGAUAAAAAAACAAGAAAAAAAACGAAUAAAGCUUUUCAAAAGGUCAAGUAAACAAGAUAUACAAGAAGAUGAUCUACAAGUUUAUGAAGAAUUUAAUUUUAAAAACGAAAAUUCAGAACAGGAGGCAAGGCAUCUGGUUAAUAGAACAGUGACGCUGUCUGAGUUUCCAGAUGACUUAAGUACCUCAUUCAAAUUCACCAAACUUGUUCCAAUCGGAUUAAGAAGAAUAGGACUCUUAAGCGAAAACCAUUCAAGUAUUUUUUUAUGUGGUCUGGACGGAAAGAUUCAAUGUACAAAAACCUACCCAAAAGACGCUCUAAUUAGCAUUGUGGAAAUGGCAGAUGAUAUGAUAGCGGUACUUAACAAUAAGGCCACAACUAUUGAAACAUUGAAAGUUAUAGACAAGAGAUUUGAAGUGAAGAAUACUAUUAACUUAAAACUGGACAUUUCAAAAGUCACGGGAUUUGAUUAUUUAAAAAAAAAUCCCACUUGGCUAUUGGGACCGAAAUGGAAUAUGUCAUUUUUGAUAAAAAGGGAAAGAAAAUCAAAUCUGUGAGAAUGGAGACGAGUGAGGAUUCUAAAGACGUCUUUACAAUUUAUGAUUUUGAAAAAAGCAACGUUUUCAUUGUCAGUAAAACAACAAAAUCUCUGAAAUGCUUUGGUUUUCAAAAUGCGGAGGUUAUGUGGCAAUGCAAGUGUGAAGACCCUUUGUUUCAGCCAGAAUCAGCAUGUUUGUACCAAAGCAAGCUUUACAUUGCAUCUUCCCACGCAGUCAUACAAUUUUCGACAACAGAAGGAAAACUAGAAAGAGAAUAUAAACAUGAUGACCUUAUUCAAAACUGUCUUGGUCUCUGUGCAAUAGAUUGUGUGCUUGCAAUUUCUUCGAAUUCACCUGAUCCCGAAGAAUCAAAAAAGCUAGGUUUUCUGGCUCUAUAAAAUUAGUAUGGUGUACAAUAGUGAAAAGAAAAGGCUUGAAAAUCUUAAUGAAUAUAAGAGGCUUAAAUAUGUAAUUUCAAAAUAUUUACAGUAUCAUAAUUUCAUAUAAUGAAGUCUUGAAACUAGAACAAGUAUAACAAAUCUUAGCUGUAUAAAACCUGGAAACGGUUGGAGUAAGCGUACUUGCAUUCCUGUAUUUCGAAGCAAAAGUUUGCUUACUUGAAAAAAAAAUAAAAAAACAUCUUUACUUAAAUAACUUCGAAAUUAAACGCAGUAUUUUUUGGACAAAAAUAUGAGAACCAAUUUAGCCUUAUGACAUUUGUUUAUGAAAAACGCUGAAGUUUAUUAUUAAGGUUUGCAGUUUGUGUAUGCAUAUCCUGUUUUAGUAGCUUUAAUAUAUUUCAUCAAGUAUAGGUAUGGUAACCUUUACCAUAUAUAUCUAUGAAAUGUUUCAUAAUGUAUUAUAGUUAUUGUCUAUUUCGUCAUAUAUAGCUAUGAUACAGCUUUGAUUUAUUUCAUCUUAUUUAUUUUAUUUUAACUUAUGUAUAUUUUAUCUUUGUUAUGGUAUAUUGAAUCAUGUACAGCUGCUGUAUAUUGUAUAUUGUAUAUUGUAUAUAGCUUCAUCUGAUUACACGUACAACUUAAAUUGAUAACUUGCGUUAAUGUAAGAAACUUUUGUUUUGGAGGUAAAAAGAUUUCCUAAA